AUGGAAAAGCCUCCGCGAGAUGCACGCUAUGCCAAGCUCGAGGAGCGCGAUGUGCAGCAUUUUAGGAGCAUCGUUGCCGAUCCGCAGGCUUCUGUGGUGACCGAUCCCGACGCCCUCGCUCCCCUCAACGAAGAUUGGCUCCACAAGUAUCGUGGCUACUCCAAGUUGGGACUUCAGCCGCGCACUGUGGAGGAGGUAGCGCGCAUCCUCAAGUACUGCAACGAGCGCAAGCUCGCAGUGGUCCCGCAGGGCGGCAAUACUGGUCUCGUGGGUGGUUCCGUCCCCGUGCACGAUGAGAUCAUCCUCUCCAUGAGCAAGAUGAACAAGGUCCUUUCGUUCGAUCCCGUAUCGGGCGUGCUGACCUGUGAGGCCGGAUGUGUGCUGCAAACCCUGGACGAGUACCUCGAGGAGAAAGGAUUCACCAUGCCCCUCGAUCUCGGCGCUAAGGGAAGCUGCCACAUCGGAGGCAAUGUCGCGACCAACGCAGGUGGCGUUCGUUUCCUGCGCUACGGUUCGCUGCACGGUAACGUGCUGGGCCUCCAAGUGGUCCUCCCCGACGGCACGAUUCUUGACAGCUUGAACGGACUGCGAAAGGACAACACGGGCUACGAUCUCAAGCAACUCUUCAUCGGCAGCGAGGGCUCGCUGGGCGUCAUCACCGCCGUGUCGCUGCUGACGCCUGCCCGACCAAAGUCGGUAAACGUGGCUGUGCUGAGCGUGCCGUCGUUCGAAGCCGUACAGAAAGCCUUCGUGGAGGUCAAGCAGGACCUAGGCGAAAUUCUCUCAGCGUUCGAAUUUUGGGAUCGGCAGUCCAUGGAGCUGGAGAUGCAACAGCUGCCCCACAUCCGCGACCCGCUGUCAUCGCCCAGCCCGUUCUACAUUCUCGUUGAGACGCACGGUUCCAACGAGGCACAUGACACCGAGAAAUUGAAUGGGUUCUUGGAGAGAGCGAUGGGUGAAGGGCUGGUGACCGACGGUACAGUCGCACAGGACACCACACAGUUCCGCGCCUUGUGGCAGAUCCGAGAGAGCUUUGCCGAAGCCGGCAGCAAGGCCGGGUUCAACUACAAGUACGACUUGUCGAUCCCCAUCAACAAGAUGUACGACCUGGCCACGGAGGUGCGAGAGCGACUCGGCGACAAGGCGCAAACCAUCGCGUAUGGCCACGUUGGCGACUCGAACCUGCACUUGAACAUGGUGACGCCCAAGUACGACGCCGAGGUGCACGGUCUCAUCGAGCCCUUCGUCUAUGAAUGGACCUCGAAACAAGGCGGCUCCAUCUCUGCCGAACAUGGGUUGGGAUUGAUGAAGAGGGACUGUCUGCACUACUCCAAGCCCGAGCAGGCGAUCCGCUACAUGCGCGUCAUCAAGGAGACGUUCGACCCACAGCUCAUCCUCAACCCGUACAAGGUCAUCCCCCUCCAGUGA